AUGUCUACUACUACAGCGUCGACUGCGACUUCACAAGCAGUGAGCGGUGCGCCGAGUACCGUAGCCUGUGGAACAGGCUCGGGUGCUACUCAUGCACCCAAAAGAGACGGCGGGAAUACGAGCCUCGGCACGUUUGGGGUCAAGUCAGGCCUCGCCCAGAUGUUGAAAGGUGGCGUGAUUAUGGACGUCGUUAACCCAGAACAGGCGCGCAUAGCGGAGGAAGCAGGCGCAUGCGCCGUGAUGGCUCUCGAGCGCGUGCCUGCAGACAUCAGAGUUGAGGGAGGCGUUGCAAGAAUGAGUGACCCUGCGGUGAUCAAAUCUAUCGUCGACGCCGUCACUAUUCCCGUCAUGGCCAAAGUCAGGAUCGGACACUUCGUCGAAGCACAAAUCCUCCAAGUCAUUGGUGUGGACUACAUUGACGAAUCCGAAGUGCUUACCCCUGCCGACGAAGAACACCACAUCAACAAGCACAACUUCAAAGUCCCGUUCGUUUGUGGUGCCCGCAACCUUGGCGAGGCCCUCAGACGCAUCUCGGAAGGCGCCGCGUUCAUCCGCACGAAGGGCGAAGCUGGCACGGGAAACGUUGUCGAGGCGGUCCGACACCAGCGUGCGGUCAUGGCAGAGGUCAGGAAGGCGAGUGUCAUGAGCGAGGAAGAGCUCUACGCGUACGCAAAAGAGAUCCAGGCUCCGUUCCACUUACUUAAAGAAACCGCGCGGUUGAAGAGGCUCCCCGUCGUCAAUUUUGCUGCAGGGGGCAUUGCUUCUCCAGCGGACGCUGCCUUGAUGAUGCAGCUUGGCUGCGACGGAGUCUUCGUAGGCUCGGGAAUCUUCCAUUCCGGCAACCCAGCCAAACGAGCCCGUGCCAUCGUUCAAGCAGUUACUCACUACAACAAUCCCAAGGUUCUUGCAGAGAUAUCAGAAGACCUUGGUGCACCCAUGGUUGGUCUCACCAUUGACACGAACAUGAAGGGUGGUCGUCUUGCAGAGCGAGGAUGGUAA